GGGCGGGGCUGUGCUCACGCAAUGGACUUCUUGCAGUAAAAACACGAAUCUUUGUGCGUAUACUGUUCUGUUCGUGAUAUUUAAUGAUAGAAAAGCGCGCGUAAACAUCGUAAUGUGACCGCCUAGCGUCGGUGUGAAUAUUUAACACAGCGCUGUGAUGUCGCAGUAGGAUCUGUUUGAUCCAGCCUACUGUUUAGGGUCAAUACUGCAAUCCUCCACCAUGGGCAGACUAGAUGAUGCUGCCAAGCGCAAAGUUGUGGAGCUGCGAGAAGCAGGCUUGAGCUUCCGCAAGAUCAAGGCUGUGCUGGAGUUGGAGAACAUUAAGGUAUCUGCGCAGGCCAUCUACCUCUUCCUAAAGGAAUUUCAAGGGAGAGCUCGGAGGGAAGACGGAGCAGCGGGGAGGAGCGGCCAUGCGGUGCCGACGUCAGUCAGGGAGGUGGGCAGCAGCGAGACUCGACAGGUUGGCUGGAGCGACCAGCAGCUGAGAAACCUCCUCAGAGAAGCUUCACGAGUCGCAGCCUCUCAGCAGGCCACGUCUUCCUCGGUGGGACAGUCUUCUGGGACGGCAAGCAGAGGAGAAGCACAGGAGAAGGAUAAAGAUGAGGAUAUUCGGAUUGUCAGCGUAACGAGUUUGGCCCAGGGCACACAGCACGCUGGCGUCCAGGUGCCACGUUCAGGCGGCGGCACAGGGGCGAUGAGUGCCGUUAAUUUUGCAAGACGACGACACACACCAUCACCUGCCAAUCCUGUGCUGGUGGCUCGUAGGAGACUCCUGGAUAAAGCUUUGCUUCAUCGAGCAAGGGUAAGGGAAGGUGGACCACAGACCGGCCAGCAGAUGCCGCUGUCAGUAAGACGAGAUCAGUCCUGUUUCACUGGUCCUGAUGGGAGAAAAGUUGGGUUACCCCAGACAGCUUCAUAUGACCUUACCAGAGCUCCAAACUUGAGGGGCUCCCAAGGACCCUUUCCUCCCAAGAGAUGGAUGCAAAGGACAGGCACUCCCAUUCGCACCCUUCAACAUCCUCCUCGCAUAGCCAUCCGCCCCCCGGACCCGGCCGCAGCUGGGAAUACAUCCCAAAACGCAGGUCCUUCUGCACGAGUCCAAAACGUGACCAGCCAAUCUUCCCCUCCUCCCCAGAGGAACAUCCUUGACCCUGGAGCUGUGAGCGGCCUGCAAGAGCAGAUUCAGUCCUUGAGCUCCGAACUGAGAAAUCUGGGCGUAGCGCUGAGGAUGAUGGCAGAACAACAAGGCCGGUUGGAAAGAGAGCAAGCCCAGCAGACUCAGGUCCAGAAGCAGAUCCUCAGCACCCUUCAAGAAGUGGCGACCAGACUAGAACCCUGCAACGUACUGCAGUCACCAUCUGCCUCAACGUUACCAGCGUCCUGUUCCCUGGCCUCCGCUGAACCCUUCAGCCAGGCCGCCCCCAGCCAGGGCAUCUACGCUCAGUGCAGUCAAGCACAGACACGAUACAACGAGAUCCACGACUCGGGACUCGAGGGCAUUGAGGGGUUCUCUCUGGACCAGCUUAGCCCAGCCACCAUGAACGGAUUUCAGCAGUGCCCAACCACCGGCGUGCCCUCGUUCACCCAUGCACAAACGUUUUCCCAUUCACCCUAUACGCAGUCGCACACAGACUCAUACACAGGCAUGAAUAAUAAAUCGGUAGAUAUGCCCUCAACCAGUUCGAAUGGGACUUUCCAGAGUUGUAGUCCACCUAACCAGUCCACCAGUCUUCCAGUGUCUCCACACGAGACAGAGCUGAACAUUAUUAAGGUGGAGAAUGUCUGAAAAUCCAGCAACGAAACAUAUGUCGAAAACUUUCAGCACAAGGUCUGAAUUUUAUAGACGACAAUUCACAUUAUAACCCCUUGUAGCGCUCUUGCAGUGAUGUGGCCAAUCUGGCGUAGCUAAAAGUGUUUAUUCUUACGAAUUGCAUCGCCUUUGUUUCGGGCUGUAAUGAAGUAGAUGUAUUUUCUCUGAGAGCUGUUUCUCACAGGGUACAUUCACAGACGACUUUAUCACUCACCAGUAUUUCACAAAUACAUAUCUAUAUAUAUUCAGUGUUGUAGUAAGACCUUACAUAACGAACUGUAUUGUUUUUAUUAACUUAAAAUGUUUUGUUUUAUCUAAAUACACCCCGGGUCCCCUUACAUGGAAGUUGUCGCCAUGUUUCUUCAGUAGCCCUAAACAGACAAACUGCUCUAUCGUAGCUGUGGACUGAGCCAUUGGUUGCAAUUCCCAAUCUCACUUUUGAAAUUUGUCAAAAUAACUUAAAAUCGUAACACUACUACAAAGAGUAAAAACAGAAGUCCUCGAAAUUUGAAAUGAUGGGCCAUGUGAGCAAAUCCUGCAGAAAAUCUGAAAUGGGUACACUGGAAAAAAUUAUUCAUUCAAUUUACUCAAUUUUUUAAGGUAAGUGGUUGCAAUCAAUUUAUUUAAGCUACAUUUAAACAAAAGUUUUUUAUUUUAUUAUAUUUUACUAAUCGUUUUUGUUUAAAUGUAGCUUAAAUAAAUUGAUUGCAACCACUUACCUUAAAAAAAAAUUAAGUAAAUUGAAUGAAUCAUUUUUUUCAGUGUAUAUGACAGUUCGGCGUUAUAGUAGCUAAAAGUUCGUGUUUGCUCUUAAGUAAAUUUUAAGUUAAAUGAUAGAAGUUUAGCGUUAUUGUAGCAUCGUUACUAAGAGACAUUGGUUUAUAUUAUUGUACAUUAUUACAUGUUAACUGUCCAAAAUUUCAAGACCAGCAAAAAAACUGUCCAAGAGAAGAGUUUUCUUAUUUAAAACAUGUUUUUGACUUUUCAUAUGAAAAUAAAUAUCAGUAGUUUUAGUGAAAUAUGAUUUUGUUUUUUUGUGAAAGUCUGUUUAUUGAAGAAGUGCAACAUGAAACAACAAUGACCAUAGUACAAGUGUGUGGUAUUGAUGGUACUGUACAUUAAACACAUUUUCAAACAUUUAACCAGAAUCACAUAUGUGACCUUGGACAACAAAACCAGACAUAAGUCGCACGGGUAUAUUUGUAGCAAUGGCUAA